GCUCCCGUACGUAGCUCACUACAACCUGAUAGUCCUGCGUAGCACUGUAUGCAAAAUCCCUUGUUUAUUGGCGCCUUGUCGAUCGAUUGGAUCGGGGCCUUUGGAAGCCGCUGUUGAAAGCCAGGCCCAUAUUAUUGGUAGAUCGUCUCUGUUAUAGUGGGUAUGCUGCCUGGGCUUAGUUAUGCUUACCGCUCCUCUCCUUCGUCGCAGAAUCAAGGUUCUUUGAGCAGACUUGUCCAUUUCAAAUUGCUUUGAACAAUAUUUACUUCUAAAGGUCGUCUUCUAGGUCCACUGACUGUCCUCUAUGGGAAUUCCUGCUUCUUCUGCCUCUACACACAUCCAAUCAGCCUUCUGAUCAAUCAGACGUCCCAAUACUAAGAUGACCGAGACUGAACGAAAUCCGUGCUCCAGAGCUCAGGAUGAUACGUCUAAUACAAAACCGAAACUAGACACAUUUCACCUAUUUAGGUAUCUCCCGUAUGAUCUGAGGCAUUCGAUCUACGUCCUCGCUACCCCUCGCCGGGUCGUUCGUGUAGAAGAAGGGCCAGUUGAUAUCAAGGAGAAGCGGGCUUGGAUCGACCAAGAUUACGACAGCUAUUUCGACUACGCAUUCGAAAAGUUUUACAAUCAGAUGCUAGUUGAAAUGCCGGAUCUGAAGCUACACGCCGACCUGGCAGGUUUCGCACAUAACUGGCGACAUAGAAUUCCAUGGGCAGCAUAUAAUGACUCAUACAAGCAGACAUGCUUAGAAGCGUACGGGUUCACUUCCAACCGGCCUCUCUACGAACCUUGGCAGCCGUCAGAGGAAACACCACGCAUUCCCACGGACUGGCUGGUCGACUAUCCUGAACUCGCAUUCGAAUUGACCCGCAAAUCUUGUUUGUACAGCGACGCCGAGAUACCUGUGUUUUUGCAUGUAUGCUCAGAGUCACGACAAGCGCUCGUUGACUGGGGCUAUCGACUCUUUUUCGCGACACGAACAGCCGGACCAAGGACUUGGUUCCAUCCCGGCCGAGAUCGUCUCUACGUCCCUUAUACAAUAGAAUCUUUCCCUCGAGCGGAUGAUAGCGAUUACGGAUCUGGCCUUCCGGGGGAGGCUCACACGCCAUAUCCGUGUCUUGAGCCUGGCUUGCUACUCUCAGGUUGCCACUGGGACAUAGGACAAUAUCACGUGGAUGAUUUGAAGCAAGUCAAGAACGUCAUCCUCGAAAGGCCCUCGAUAAGUACGGAUCAAGACCUUUUGGUCAAGGAUCUUCAGUCUAUUCUUCCUCUCCUUUCGGCUCUUGACGACCUGUUUCUUGAGGACUGGGGACUGGAAGACUUUGGGAUUUGGUUUAACGUAUUCCGUGGUUCGCACACUGUGGAAGUGAAGACACCUGCCAGCUCCGUUGCUUGCAUCCCUGUUGAAGAUAUUGAUGCUAUAGGAUAUGCUUUUUGGCAGCGUUCCCUAUUACUUAAUGAUGACAGGAUAGGACCAUUGUGUUACACCGGAUAUCGGAACAGCCAUUUCAACCAACAUCUGACGAGCGCGUCUCGAUCUCAACCCUACCAUCCGGCGCACGCCGAAUCAGUAAAAGCUCAGCUUCUUGCAUGGAGGUCCGAGCUUGCAACAGCCCAAGCUCAGAAACCACGGAUCCCUACUAUUUGCCACGUCAAUCUCUGCCCGGAGUCUUGCUCCGAGGUUUACAUGGCCAACAGGCACAGGCUCUGGAAGGCUCUCAAGUCUCUUGACGAUGAGCAAAUACAAGAACCGGACUUUCGAUCAAGAUUCUCACAACAGAUGAACGAUUGUCCGUCUCCUUUUAGGAUCAAGUGGAGGGAUCUAGAUUGGGGCGUCGAGUGGCCAGAGGCAGUUGAAACUGCCCGAUCAACUGAUGCAAAAGGGAUCGAUUGGCACAUGGAAGGUAUACUCCAGGCUUGGUAUUUAAACCGGACUGAUAUUUUGGAACCUCAGUUUGUGGAGCUUUAAUUGGCUUUUGGCUUCGUUUCUCUCUGGAGUAGCGAACCUCUACCUGCAGCGGUACUGGAUCGGCAAUUCGAUCCUGGAUAUAGCAAUAGUGCACUAAAACCAAGUCUAGCAAGUAAUAGGUACAUAAGUAGCU